AUAUUCAAUCGGAAAGAGGAAUUACUACUUGGACAAUUUUAAAAGAUAAACUGAAGAAUGAGUUUAAAAGUCGUAUGAACACAGCUGCUAUUCAUCGUUCACUAUCUGAGCGAUUUAAGAAAAUUGAUGAAUCGUAUCAGCAGUAAGAUGAAACAGAUUGCUCAGCUAGGCAAUAUUGAAGAAGAUUCUCUUAUUGAUUAUAUUAUAGCUGGUAUAAGAGACUUGGAAGUUAACAAGAUGAUACUGUAUGGCGCUACAUCCAUUGAUGAGCUAAAAUUGAAACUUGAACUGUAUGAGAAGAUGAAGUUAAACGUAAGGGCAAAUACAAAGUCAAACAUAAACUUCAGCGAAAAAAAAUAUUUGAAUGAAUUGCCUAAUGCUUCAUUUAAAUCAUAUAAACAUGAAGGUCAAUCAGCAAACAUUAAUCGUUGCUACAACUGUGGUGCAAAGGGUCACCGUUCUAGUUCUUGUCCUGAUGCUAGUAAAGGAUUUAAGUGUUUUUUAUGCCAGGAAUUUGGUCAUAAAGCAUCAUCAUGUUCUUAUCGUCCAUCAACUAGUCGACCAAAUACUGAUAGAAGUCAAAGAGAUGAAAAUGUUAAAAUACAAGUGAAUCAAGUUAAUGAUGUCAUAUAUCCUAUUAAUCGUAUAAGUAAAUUAGUUGAUAUUCAAGGUGUAGAAACUAAUGCUUUAGUUGAUACUGGUAGUGAUGUGAAUCUCUGUCGAAGGUCAUUUAUGUUGAAGUUAGAUGAAAUCACAAUUCGUAAAGAUAAAACUUUACUAGGAGGACCAGGAGGAGUUAAGUUCUACACAGAAGGUGUAUUUACUUGCAAAUUAAGUGUUGAUGGAUCAUCAUAUACUAUUGAUAUUUAUGUUGUCCCUGAUAAAGCCAUUACAUUAGGAAAAGUUAUAUUUCAAACAAGUGCUGAACUGCACAUAAAUCCUAAGUGUGUGAGAAUAACUAAAUUUGAAGAAGAAGAAAAUCAAAUAAUGUCUAUUAAUAUACCUUGUAAUGAGCUCAACAUAGGUGCAUCAACUUAUACAGAGGAAAUUAAUAAUGUAGUGAAAUAUUAUGAACCAAAUAAAGUAAAACAUGCACCGAUUGAAACACUUAUUUUACUAAUGGAUGAAAAACCUGUAUAUCAAAGACCACGGCGCCUAUCUCCAGCGGAAACAUGUGAAGUUGACAAGCAAAUAGAGGAAUGGUUACAAGAAGACAUUAUUAGACCUAGUUGUUCUGACUAUGCUAGUCCAAUAUUUUUGGUCAGNCUAGUCCAAUAG